AUGUCAAACUCGUGGCCGCCGUGCUCAGCGGUAGACCAGGACGUCUUCGGCCCCACCGUUGCUUCUUCCUGCCACCAUGGCUUCGAUUUUACCCUUUUUUUUGAAGAAACAAUAUUGACCUUGCUGCCGAUAUUGCUUGUCUGGCUAGCGGCUUUAUUCCGACUCUGGACCCUUCGGCAUGCCUCGGAGAAGGUCAAUCGAUCUUGGCUCUAUGCUGCGAAGGAGAUUGCUUUGUCAUUGAAUAUAGCUCUUCAAUUGAUUAUGCUGGCUUUGUGGUGUCGAGAUUCGACUCCGACUACACGCGCGACCGUACCCACUGGUCUUGUGGCCCUGUUUACCUCCUCCUUCUUGCUCUACUUGUCGCAUCUCGAACAUAUUCGUUCACUGCGCCCAUCAACUAUCCUUAUUCUCUUCUUCGGCUUCACAAUAAUCUUUGAUCUCGCGCGCCUCCGCACUUUGCACUUCAUUCCACAGAACCAGCCAGUAACAUUCUUGUUCGCGACAAGCUUGAUCGGCAAGGUUGUUAUCCUGGUCCUUGAAUCCACAGAAAAACGCCAUUUGCUCAAAAAGGGAUUUGAAGGAAGCGCAGUCGAGACCACUUCCAGUAUAAUCAAUCGUUGUCUCUUGUGGUGGAUCAAUGAUUUGCUUUAUAAAGGAUCGAAAACAACCUUGACAGUUGAAAGCCUGCCUGUCCUCGCUGAUGAUAUCAGGGAAUCGUCAGAUCCCCAAGACCUCGAAGAAAUAUGGGAAAGAGCCAACAAAUACAGAUCGAACGCGUUGCUAUGGACCUUCGCUUCUCAUUUCAAAUGGGAUUUUAUUGCGGGCGUCAUUCCUCGCCUCGCUUUUACUGGCUUUUGCUUCGCACAGCCAUUCCUGGUCGAGCGAGUCCUUGAUUUUAUGGGUGAGCCGGAGCAUGUCAAUUCUGACAACUAUGCUCGCGGUCUCGUUGCUGCGUAUGGCAUUGUCUAUGUCGGUCUUGCGGUAUCAUUUGCCACUUAUCACCAUAAAAUCGACCGGAUGGUUACCAAGAUGCGAGGAAGCCUAGUCUCCAUGAUAUUUAGCAAGACACUACGACUAAGCAGCUCGGCAGUGUCCGAUGCGUCAGCCAUCACAUUGAUGAGUACUGACAUUGAGCGCAUAGCUACUGGUUUGAGAGAUAUGCAUGAGGUUUACUCGAAUUUCACAGAAGUUGCGAUUGCCCUUUGGCUGUUGGCGCGAUUGCUCAAAAUCGCCACGGUCGCUUCCACGCUGGUCGUGAUAGUAUGUUUGGCUGCUGGUAUCCCACUUGCAAUCGCUUCUGGUAAUGCCCAAGGCGUAUGGUUAGAGGCUAUCGAGGAACGCGUUGCAGUCACAUCAAGAGUUCUUGGUGUGAUGAAAAGUAUCAAAAUGACCGGCCUGACAAACGUCCUCGCAAACAAUCUUCGUGAUCUGCGAUCUCAGGAGAUCAAAACCUCAUAUGCUUUCCGGCUGUACAACGUUUUGAUUAUAACUUUCUCGUUCGCCUCCAGCGCCUUAUCCCCAGUCGUUGGAUUCGCUGUUUUUGCCCUUUUAGCUCGAGGGGAAGAGGGCGUUACUCUCACAAACGGCCUUGCCUUCUCUGCCCUGACACUUUUCUCCUUGCUUGAUGGGCCUAUGAUUUCACUUGUGGACGGAUCAGAGGACCUCAUGGCUGUUGUGAACUGUUUCCAGCGAAUCCAAAAGCAUCUGAUGGAGACGGAAAGAGUUGACUGUCGCCUUUCGCACGACUCGCAAGUACCUCAACUGAUCGAUGUUGCUUUCACGGAUGAUGAAAGCACCCAUCGCCCGUCUUCUGCAAUCAUUCGUGACUUAUCUGCCUCCUGGUCGGUUGACGACGACCCAAUCCUCAACGACUUGGAUUUCGAAGUCCCCGCUGAGCAAAUAACGAUGAUCGUUGGACCAGUUGGGUGCGGCAAGUCCACUCUUUUGAAAGUCCUGCUUGGUGAAAUCCCAGAAUGUACCGGGUCGGUCUCGACCACCUUCAAGCAUGCGGCCUACUGUAGUCAGUCACCAUGGAUCACAUUUGGCACAGUUCAGCAAAAUAUUGUGGGUGCAUCUCCGUUCGAUCAAAGAUGGUAUGACCGUAUUAUUCGGGUCUGUUCUUUGCAAGUCGAUCUUCAACAGCUUCCAUUCGGCGAUCAAACCAAGGUCGGUGUUCGUGGAUCGCGACUUAGCGGCGGGCAGCAAAUGCGUGUGGCACUAGCGCGAGCCCUCUACUCGAGACAGCCCGUACUAAUCCUUGAUGAUGUCCUAACCGGACUAGAUCGAGAAACAGAGAAGUGUAUCCUGGAGGCCGUCUUCGCGUCACAAGGUUUGAUGAAGGAAUUCCGACAGACAGUCAUAUUGGCAACCAACUCAGCACAUCAUCUUCCUUACAGUAACUACAUUGUCGCCUUGGGUCAGGAUGGAUCCAUUAUCGAGAAAGGCUCUUACGAUGAAUUGGUGGCUGCAAAGGGCUAUGUUAGCUCCCUUGACAGCACGGCAAGCCGAGUGAAUACCGAAAGGGCACCAGAUAUUGUCCUAGAUGAUGAAACGUUACAGGAGCUCAAUCUGCCAGAUGACGAAAAUGCCGAUGACACGAGUCGACAGACCGGAGACUGGUCAGUCUACUUGUACUAUUUUCAGCACAUUGGCUGGCCCCUUUUGACACUCUUUGUCGGACUGUGCGGUUUUUUCGUACUAUGCAUGAUAGCCCCACAAAUAUGGCUGCAAUGGUGGACUAGCGCCAAUGAAACGAGGCCUAAUGAAAACAUCGGAUAUUGGCUUGGUGGAUAUAGUGUCCUCGGAAGCUCGAUUUUGUUGGCGGCGUUUCUAUCCACUUGGGUGCUCGGAAUGGUCAUUGAACCUAAAACUGCUCAUAGUUUCCACGAGGUCUUGCUGGGUACAACUAUGAGAGCGACAACAUCCUACCUGACCUCGACCGAUAUAGGUGCCACGACGAACAGAUUCAGCCAGGACCUGGAGCUGAUUGAUGAAGAACUGCCUGAGACAUUUGAGUCUACAGUAAACGGAGUUCUCUUCUUCAUCGUCGAGGGAUUUCUCAUCUUUGUCGGAUCUUCUUACGUGACGGCCGCAGUCAUCCCGUUCUGUAUUCUGGCCGUGUACUACGUUGCGCGGUACUAUGUUCGCACAUCUCGCCAAGUCCGUGUAUUGGAAAUUGAGUCCAAAGGACCUCUCUUCUCCAAGUUCUUAGAGUCGCUCAGUGGUCUCGCCAGCAUUCGAGCCUACGGGUGGAAAGAGCAUUAUGCGCUUCAGAAUCAGAUUGCUCUUGAUGCGUCUCAGCGCCCGUUUUACAUACUUUACUGCAUACAGAGAUGGCUAAGCCUGGUUCUUGAUCUCAUCGUGGCUGGCAUUGCAGUUGCCGUGAUUGCCAUUUCGAUGUCUUUGAGAGGAAACUCUUCCUUGAAUAUGAUGGGAAUCGCUUUGUUCAAUAUUGUGAACUUCAGUGGGACGUUGAAGAUGCUCAUCAAGGAAUAUACAGGGCUGGAGACAUCCAUUGGGGCUAUUUCGAGAAUUCGUUCAUACGUGAGAAAUGCCAAAACCGAAGACCUGGAUUCCGAAGUUGAAAUCCCACCAAGCCUUUGGCCUCUUCAAGGCGAUGUUGAAAUCUCGAAUUUGUCUGCCUCAUAUGACACGUCAUCGGAACCAGUUCUUCAAAAUGUCAAUCUCAAGAUUCGCGCUGGUGAGAAGGUCGCUUUAUGCGGCAGAUCAGGCAGUGGCAAAUCUUCCCUUGUCUCAACUAUCUUGAGACUUCUCGAUCUCAAUAGUGGAUCGAUCAUCAUCGAUGGAAUCGACAUUUCAAGAGUCUCUAGGUCUCACGUUCGCUCACGCCUGAAUACAAUCCCACAAGAGGCGUUCUUCCUGCAUGGCACCAUUCGUCUAAAUGCCAAUCCCGAGGGUGAUGCAGAUGACAGUACCAUUAUCGGAGCUCUCCAGGAAGUCAACCUCUGGUCGUAUAUUGAGUCAAAGGGAGGAUUAGACGAAGAUAUGACAGAGGAGCUCCUUUCUCAUGGACAGCAACAGCUCUUUUGCCUUGCCCGCGCUCUUUGCAAGUCCAGCAAAAUCUUGAUAAUGGAUGAGGCCACCAGCAGUGUGGAUUCUGAGACAGACAAGCUCAUGCAGCAAGUCAUUCGUACCCAUUUCAAAAAUCAAACAAUCAUCGCCAUCGCCCACAAGCUGGAUACUGUUCUAGAUUUCGAUAAAAUUGCAUUCAUGGAUCAUGGAAAGGUCAUCGAGUUCGAUGCACCGAAGUCCCUUCUAUCGAGAGAAGGGUCGGCGUUCAAGAAACUGUUUGAUAGUUUUCGGCAAGAAUCCGAAUGA